CAAAACUACAAAGCGGGAGAGAGUGAGGGAGAGACAACCACGACACAAGGCCACGAUGAGGACGCUGGUUGCUUCCAUCUGCCUCCUCCUCCUUCUACCCUUUUCUGCAUCAUCUUCUUCUUCCUCCUCCAACUCCAGAUCCAUCCCCAUCUCAAAUUUCAGCUUCCCACAGCAGCAGCAGCAGAGCAAUAUCAUCACGCAUCUCCCUGGCUUCGAGGGACCCCUCCCCUUCCAACUCCAAACAGGGUAUGUGGAGGUUGACGAGAGCAAUGGCGUCCGCCUCUUCUACUACUUCAUCCGGUCGGAGAGGAACCCGGCAGAGGACCCCGUCAUGCUCUGGCUCACUGGUGGCCCUGGAUGCUCCGCCUUUUCUGGCCUCGUCUACGAGAUCGGCCCUCUGAGUUUUGACCGUCGCACCUACGUCGAUGGCUUGCCCAAGCUGCUUUAUAAACCAGACGCAUGGACAAAGGUUAGCAAUGUCAUCUUCCUGGAUUCCCCUGUAGGAACUGGCUUCUCAUACUCCGUAACACCACAAGGAUACGAAUCAAGUGACACCAAAGCUGUCACGCAAAUUGUCGUCUUCCUCACAAAGUGGUUUGAUGAGCACCCAGAGUUCUUGUCAAACCCUUUCUACGUUGCCGGUGACUCCUACAGUGGUAUGAUUGUGCCAGCCAUCACCCUUGAAAUUGCUAAAGGGAAGGAAGAUGGCAAUGGGCCAGCUCUUAAUCUAAAGGGUUACCUUGUGGGUAAUCCAGUCACGGAUGGGAAUUUUGACAAUCCAGCCAAAGUACCGUUUGCUCAUGGAAUGGGUCUCAUAUCUGAUGAAAUGUACCAGGCAUACAAGGAUAGCUGCGGUGCAGACCAAAGCAGACAGCAAAGCCGUCAGUGCACAAGUAGUCAUGAUGUCAUUGAUGAGUGUGUCAAGGACAUAUGCCCAAACCAUAUUCUGGAGCCAAUGUGCACUUUUGCAAGCCCACAUCGAUACAAUCUGAAGCUGAGUUCAGGUGCACGGGAGAUGCUCCGGCUGCAAGACUACACUGCCAGGACCGGGCUUCAACUGUCUGAGAUUUCUACAGAGUGCAGAACGGCAGAAUAUCUUAUGUCCAGAACAUGGGCAAACAAUGAAAUAGUCAGAGAGGCUCUUGGUAUCCACAUGGGACCAGUUCCUUUAUGGAUAAGAUGCAACUACGACAUACUGUACGCUAACGAUAUUCACAGUUCAGUGAAAUAUCAUCUCGAGGUCACCAAAAGAGGCUACAAAUGUCUAGUUUACAGUGGUGAUCACGACAUGGUCAUACCUUUCAUCGGCACGCAAGCCUGGAUCAGGUCUCUGAAUUUCUCCGUUGUGAAUGAAUGGAGACCAUGGUACGUCGAUGCACAAGUUGCAGGAUAUACAAGGUCAUAUUCAAAUAACCUCACAUUCGCAACCGUAAAGGGCGGCGGACAUACUGCUCCAGAGUACAUGCCAAAGCAAUGCCUUGCUAUGUUUGCAAGGUGGGUUUCUGGUGAAACUCUUUGAUGGUCAAUUUCAGCCUCAGAUGGUUGUUACUCGGUGCAUCACACUGCAAAAUGCAGAGUGAUAAUUGGUCAAAAUGUACAAGGAUGCUGUACCAAGGUAGACGCAACAAUUGAGAACUCAUAAUGCAAAAUAUUAUU